GUCGUCAUCAUCAGUCAGCUUGCAAAUCUCAUUCGUAUUGGAAUUGCGUAUUAUUAUUAUUGCUAAUUAUUACGCUCAUAACUAUUUAAGAGUUCAUCAACUAUUUAACUAACGGCAAAAAUGUCCUACGCGUAUUUGUUCAAAUAUAUUAUCAUUGGCGACACUGGUGUUGGCAAAUCAUGUCUGCUGCUGCAGUUCACGGACAAGCGCUUCCAGCCGGUGCAUGAUCUAACAAUUGGCGUGGAGUUUGGUGCACGCAUGAUUACCAUUGAUGGCAAACAAAUCAAACUGCAAAUCUGGGAUACAGCUGGCCAGGAAGCCUUCAGAUCCAUUACACGUUCAUAUUAUCGUGGUGCGGCUGGUGCUUUACUUGUCUAUGAUAUCACAAGGCGCGAGACAUUUAAUCAUCUCACCACAUGGCUGGAAGAUGCGCGCCAGCAUUCAAACUCAAACAUGGUGAUUAUGCUCAUUGGCAACAAGAGCGACUUGGACUCGAGGCGUGAGGUGAAAAAGGAGGAAGGCGAGGCAUUUGCACGCGAGCAUGGUCUGGUCUUCAUGGAGACCUCGGCACGCACAGCGGCCAACGUGGAGGAGGCCUUCAUAAAUACAGCCAAAGAGAUAUACGAAAAGAUACAGGAGGGUGUCUUCGACAUCAAUAAUGAGGCAAACGGCAUCAAAAUUGGCCAACAGGCAACGCCCACAAAUCCAGCUUUGCAAGGGUCCGGCGGUGCGGGUGGAGCAGUUAAUAGUGGUUGUUGCUAGGAGUAGAGAGCCAACCAUUGCCGAUGCCUGCACUUUGGGAUAGUUGUAGCUCUUAGCCGAUAGCCGAUAUUCGAUAUCCGACAGCUGAUAGCCAAUAGCCGCUUCUGUGUAAAGCUAUUAGUGACUAACUCUUAAAAGGUCGUGGAAGCUGAUCUAUUGUUUUCAUUUUUUUAAUUUCAAGCAACAAUAUAAUCGUAAUAAAUUUAACUACAAAUACUAGCAAACCGAAAUUAGUGAAAACAUUUCAAAACUAAGCGUAAUGUUUAAACAAAACAAAAAACAGAAAGAAACUACAACUAUGUGUAACUAAUAAAUAAAUUAUUCGCAGAAACUUAACAAUAGAAAUCCAGUUAAAAUUCAAUUUUAAAUAAACUUAAAAAUGAUCAACAUUUGUAAUUGUAAAAUGUGUCGUGCGUGAUUUCUAAAUUUUGUAAACUUAAAAAAAAAAAAAAACAAAAACAAAAACAUACGUAUAACAAUAUUUUUGUGUACAUUUAGUUAGUUUGCUAAUUACGUUUGUGUAGACAAGAUUAUACACAUUGGACGGUAACAGAUGAUGGCGUGUAAUAUAUACAUAUACAUACAGACAUAUAUCUAUAUAUAUAUUUAAAUAUACUAUGUGAAUUAUUUCUGAUUGUGAUUCGUUGAUUUUUUCGAUGAAUCUCCUCCCCGCUUGUAGUGGUGGCUGCUUUUCUUCUACUACGAAAUUAUAUACAUUAAAAUGUAUUUAUUUGUUAAAAAUCGCAUUUGUUUUGUUUUUUUUUGUGUAUUAUUUGCAUAACACAUAACGACAAACCGAUAUAAACACACGUGCAUAAAUGAAAUAAAAAUAUUUUAUAAGUUUAAUAAAUAAAUAUUAUACAAAAAAAAAAACAAAAAGAAAUCGUGGUGAUAAUGCUAAAUCAAUUCGAUUAUGUCGCCGAUAAUUACGAAGUUUAUAAAAAUUAAAAUAAAACACA